AUGGCGGACACAAUCCUCGACGUGGCAGGCCUGAUUUCAGUUCUUUACAAGCUAUACACACUCGAGCUACUCGGGGAUGGCAACACAGGCGUCUUCAUAAUCACGCCUCUCGGCAAGAUCCAGCUCGUGGUGAAAGAUAUACAAGAUGACCCCUCUGCACCAACAACAGACGGCCUUUGCCAUGUUGGACGAGAACAUCAUUACACCUUGCACGACUAUCAGUCUACCCGGUACCCUGCCAGGGAUCACAAUCGAAUCAACAUUGGUCUUUUGUGUCCAGGCGAAUUUCACAAAGGGCGGCCUGAUGCUCACGCUCGUUGCUCAACAAAAUGUCAUAGACAUGAUUGGCCAAGACUUUCUCAUCAACAUAUUAUGUUGUCCAGGGCUUGCCACGAUGAGCCUACAUGGGUGAGGAACUUGCUACUGGAAAUAUGGACCAGAGCAAUAUCAUCCCACUACUCGACGCCUCGUACAAGCCGGGUCCGAACCAUCACAUUACCCCCGACACCAAGUUACAUUUCCACAGAUGAUGCCGUCAGCGCUUUUAUCUGGCAGUGCAUCACCCGAGCGCGGGAUCUUCGCUUCGGAUCGAAAUCCGAGUUGAUGCUUGCACGCGCAGUGGAUGUCCGACGACACCUGGGCGUGCAUUCGGGGGUCAUUGCUGCACAGCUUCGAUCCCAGCUCGAUCCAAAAAUUGAUUAUCUGGUGUUUAAUACGCGUGCUUUGGCUACGUUCCAUAGUCGAUCGCCUGAUAGGACCAAGACUUUGUUUACUGCGACUGUUACGAUCCCGUCGGAUUACAUGAUUAGCUCUUGGUCGAGGAUUAAUUGCUAUGAAUUGGACCUUAAUCUUGGUUUGGGGAAGCCUGAGGCUGUACGGAGUCCGCACUUUAUUCCUUUUGAGAGCUUGGGGUAUUUGAUGCCUAGGUCGCCUGCUGGUGAGAUUCUUGUUGCGAUUUGGUUUAGAGAUGAAGACUGGAAGCGGAUCAGGGUGAACAAGAAGUUUGUUCAACAUGCCACAUAUAUUGGGAGAUAG